AUGUCCUAUAACCCAUAUGCAUCAUACGCUGCUGCACAAGCAGAUCCUACUGUUAAUAAUUUGAACGAUAGAGCAUUCACUCAUGGCGGUGUUCCUAACAAUGGUAAUGCUGGAUAUGCGCAACAACCACAGCAACAAUAUCAACAACACCAACAACGACAAGGAGGAGGGAUGCCAUUCCAAGAUCCAAGAAGUUCAAUGGCUUUCCAAUUAGGUCAAUCUGCAUUCUCUAAUUUCAUCGGACAAGAAAAUUUCAAUCAAUUCCAAGAAACCGUUUCCAAAGUCUCCAAUAAUGGGUCAACCACUUACUUAUCUCAUUAUUUCCAAGUUUCUACUUCAUAUGUCUUACAAAAAUUGAAACAAAUCUUAUUCCCAUAUUUAAAUAAAAAUAAUUGGCAACGUAUCCCUGACUCUCAAUCCAAAAUGAACGGCGGGAACGGUAACCCUAAUGCGCCCACCAUGAAUGGACCAUCUUCAUUCCAAUUUAUGUCACCAAAGGAUGAUAGUAAUUGUCCAGACUUAUAUAUCCCAAUUAUGGGAUUAAUCACAUACAUUUUAAUUUGGAAUACUCAACAAGGUUUACAAGGUUCAUUCAAUCCAGAAGAUUUAUAUUAUAAAUUAUCAUCUAUCCUUGGAUUCAUGGGAUUAGAUCUUUUCAUUUUGAAAUUGGGAUUAUAUCUCUUGGUUAGUACACAUUCCCCAGUGACAAGUUUAGUUGAAUUAACAUGUUUUGUAGGUUAUAAAUUCGUCCCGUUGACUUUAUCUUUGUUUAUCCCAACGAGUAAGAUACCAUGGUACGUUCCUAUUUUUUUCAAAAGUUAUUUAUUCUUGGCAUUUGGAGUGUUUUUAUUGAGAUCUGUUAAAUUUAAUUUGUUUAGUAAUCCAAAUGAUGAUAUGAUUAAUAUUAAGAAAUCCACCGUGAAGAAAUGUAAUUAUUUCUUGUUCUUUUAUGGAUUUCUAUGGCAGACUGUCCUUAUGUGGCUAAUGGGGUAG